UUGAGUUUCUCCAGCAAUGUCUGCUUUUCUUUCAGCUUGUCGGCUUCUGUAGUUUGUUCUUUUACAUUAAAGAAACAGUUGGCUGUUGUUCUAAAAUUUGCUCUGUUCUUAGUGUUGUAAAAAGAAAUUUUAGAUGGAAGUUCGUGGUUCAUGCUGCAGGCCUUCUGCUGGAACUGAAACCUGAAGGCCUUGGCCGAUUCCAGCGGUGACCAAUAAAGAGAUUAUUGCCGGGUUACUCACCAGUUGACGGUUUGACUCAGUUUUGACAGCUGCUAGUCCAGUGAAAGGGAUGGCAGAUCAGCACCUUUCUCAGCCCGACUGUUAAUGCUGAUUGUCACUGAGGUUGUGUAAGUGGGCGCCAUCAGGAAAAUGAGGGAGGCAGUCCUUAGAUGUCAGGGAGAGCCCAGGUGAAAAAGAGAACUGGUCCAUGUCACAUAGCUUUGCAAUGUGUAGGUGGUAAACUCCCUCCCUGCCAUUUUCCUAAUCCUCCCACCUCCCAUUUAAUUGUCAGCGAAUGAUUGGCCAUGCAUUAACACACAGUCUUUAAUGGAAUAUUUCUUUUCCAAACAUUGGACUGUGCACUGCUGGUAAAUAUAUUGAAAAACUUGACUCUCUAACUCUGUUUGCAGUGUUAUUACAUGUCCCACCUCCCCGCAUCGCCCAAAAAAACCCCAGACCAUUGUGCUUUGAGAACUUGUGUGAAAGUGGAAUUUCCUUCUUCCUUGCAACUCCCCCAGCUUCUCUUCCAGACUCAACUCCUGUCACUUGCAAACCACCUGUUAGAGCUUGGAAGGGAAAAACAAAUCUUGAUCUAUUGUAGUUACAUACAUCAGAAAUGUUGCCUGUUUAACAAAUCCAGUUGAAUAGGACUUGAGAGGGCUUGUCAUCUGAAGAGUGGUUGAGGGUUUUGGUUCAGUUUAGGAUGGAGUAUAGAAGGAUGGGAGGGAAUUUCAUUGGCACUUACAGAAUACUGAGAGGCCUGGAAGGAUUGUACAUGGAACAGAGAAGAUGUUUCCACUAGGAGGAGAGAUUAGGACAUGCGGGCACAGUCGCGGAGUGAAGAGGCCAACCUUUAGAACUAAGGUAAGAAAGAAUUUCUUCAGUCAGGGAGUGGUUAAUCUGAGGAAAACAUUGCAGGAAGCCGAUGUCAAUAGGACUAUUUAAGAUAGAGAGAGAGAUGGGUUCUUGAUUAAUAAGGGGAUCAAGGGUUUCAGAAGAAGGCUGGCGAUUGGGCUUCAGAAACAUCACAGCCAGAAUUGAAUGGCAAAGCAGACUGAGGAGGUCGAAUGAGCUAAUUCUGCCCCUAAAUCGUAUGGUCUUAUGGAUUUGACACUAAAUAUUUCAAUGGUCCUUUUGUGAGGAAGCCACUUCUGGGUGCAAGUGCUUGUUUAAAAUGUCUUUAAUUUUUGCCUUCUAUAGUCAGGAAGUCAAAUGCAAUGUUGGCAUUUAUUGUGAAAAGACAUGAAUCUAAAAACAGGGCUGUACCUCUGAGGCUUUAUAAGGCUCUGGUCAGGCCAUACUUGGAGUACUGUGUGCAGAGUUGUGCCCCAUAUCUCAGGAAGGAUGUACUGUCCCUGGAACGGGUUCAGAGGAGGUUCACGAGAAUGGUCCAGGGAAUGGAAACCUUAAAAUAUGAGGAAUGGUUGAUGACUCUGAGACUGUACUCAUUGGAGUUUAGAAGGAUGAGGGGUGAUCUAAUUGAAACUUUCAGAAUACUGAAUGACCUGGACAGAAUGGUUGUUGGGAAGAUGCUUCCAUUGGUCGGAGAGAUGAGGCCCUGAGGGCACAGCCUUAGAAUGAAGACAAGACCUUUUAAAUUGGAGAUUUGCAGAAACUUCUUCAGCCAGAGAGUUUUGAAUCUGUGAAAUUCACUGCCACAGAAGGCUGUGGAGGCCAGGAAAUUUAAAUCUGAGACAGACAGGUGCCUGAUUAUCAUGGGGAUCAAGGGCUAUGGGGAGAGAGCAGGAGAAUGGGGUUGAGGAACUUAUCAGCCAUGACUAAAUGGCAGAACAGACUCAAUGGGCCGAAUGGCCUAAUUUCUGCACCUAUGUCUUACGGUUUUGUGGCCUUAAAUAAUUGCAGGUCUAAAACCUUUGACAGCCCAAACUCUGAGAAAGAUGAAGAACCAAGUUCACCAAAAGAGACAGCAACAAUUUCAAAUUCUGGAAAUGUUGACAGUGCAAAUGGUGAGGAAAAUGGAAGUUGUGGUUCUUCAGGAUCAAGCGAAAUAAUUGCUGAUUGCAGAUAUGGAAGCUUUGACACCUCAGAGGCAGAAGAGAUUCCAGUAAUCGAUUCAGUGAGCACAAACAGCGGAAACAAUGAUAACAUUCCGAGCUGUGAGGAGCUUGAAAAUCCAAUUUGUCCAGAGACAAUUGCUGAGAUCAGAAAGUCCAAAACCUUUGACAGCCCAAACUCUGAUAAAGCUGAAGAACCAAGUUCACCAAAAGCGAUGGCAGAAAUUUCAAAUUCUGGAAAUGUUGACAGUGCAAAUGGUGAGGAAAAUGCAGGUUGUGGUUCUUCAGGAUCAAGCGAAAUAAUUGCUCAAAAAGAGGAAGGAACAAUCCAGAAUAAUUUUGAUUUGGAGGAGGUCCAACUUCAAAAGGAGCAAGAAGGCGUUUGCAGCAACUGUGAAAGCGUUGAGUCCGAACACUGUCCGAAUUCUGAUGAAAUUCAGAAUUUAAGUUCACCGGAGAAGGGAGCGACAGUCAAGAAAAGCAUAGACUUCAACAGAUCAAGCUUUCUAGAAGAAUAUAAUUUCAGUCCUGCAGAAAAGGAAACACCAAUGAAAAUUGCUAUACCUGAAAUUCUCGAAAUCUGGCUGGAAGAGUCUGCCGAAGACUUUCGUCAAGUUCCAACUUACUCUUGUCUGCGGAAGGUACUUUCCUACUUGAACCAGACAGUGCCAGGGUCAGAUGCUGAACUACGGGCCCAGAAACUCCUGAGUCGUUUUUUGGUGGAGGAAACAGCGGAGAAAGAGAUGUUCAAAGGCUACCGGAGAAGAGUCAGAUUCUGUGUGGGAGAAGAACACGACCAAACCAUCGAACAAGUUGACGAAAAGCUCCUGUCCUACCCAUCACGCUUCAUUGCAGAGCAGCUGACUUUUAUGGAUGCUGAUCUUUUUCGGAAACUUGUGCCCAGCCAAUGUUUAGGGUCCAUCUGGUCUCAACGAGGGAAGGAAGAAAAACAGCAUCUGGUAUCAACCGUCCAGGCCACCAUUACACAGUUCAAUAAUGUUACAAAAUGUGUCACCAGCACCAUAUGAAGACCUCAACAGCUGAAACCACGGCAGACGGCUAAAAUCAUUGAGAAAUGGAUUGAUGUUGCCCAGGAAUGUAGAACUUUGCAGAAUUUCUCGUCAGUGCAUGCAAUUACCACUGCAUUGCAAUCGAAUAGUGUGUUCAAUUUGAAGAAGACUUGGGCAGCCGUGUCAAAGAGCAGUAAGAUAACAUUUGAAGACCUUUCAAACAAUGAAGAAGAUAACUUUAUAGCAAGUAGAGAGCUGCUAAUGGAGGAUAUAGUUCAGGGAAUUGUGCCGUACCUGGGAACUUUCUUAACAGAGUUUUCAGUGCUGGAUUCAGCUUUCCCUAAUUACCAUUCA